AUGGCCAUCUUCACUGGGGGCAAGAGUCGGGCAAUCAACUCCCCCCGCCAUCUGACCCUCCGUCAUGCCCGCCGGAAAGUCACCCUCAGUAAAAUCGCACACGGUCUCCUCGGUGCCGAAGAAGAUGACCAGCCUACCUUGAAUCCCGGCGAGGAGAAGCUCAACUCCUUCUGGGCUCCCGGGCUCGAGGCCGGCCCGAAGCACACCGUACUGGCCACGCAGACCGUUAAAGCACCAGGAGGUGGCAAUGAUCUUGUGCUCGUCUCGGAGCAAGACUUCUUUGUCGACGCGCCCCAGUUCUCCCUGCCCGAGGGAUCAGUCUACUCCACUUACCCUCCGUCUGGAUAUCCCGACGACCAUCGUAUCCUUCCCCAUGUCGUGCUCAGCGACCCUCAUCUGCCCUGGGAGAGACGGGGCAGUCCCAAGGACGACGACAGAGGAGACAAGCGCAACAAGGUGCCAUGGCUGACCCUCUUCACCUUCACCCAGGACGAACUCAAGCUCGCCCCCGACGCUCUGGGUGGCAUGCAGUUCAAGCAGACACCGACUCUGGCCGUCAACAUGGCGGUGGGAGACCUCUGGAAGAUCAGCACUGCCGCCACUCCCAUCACCCCCGAGCUGGGGCCCGAGAGCAUUAAAGAUGCCAAGGGCGAUUUCAUCUUCAUCAAGCCCGAUCUGUUCAAGAGCAUGUUCUCCACCUUUGACGAAAACAACAAGCGGCUUGUCCCGGCAUCGCCAGACACGACCAAAUACAAGUACCUCGCCCAUGUGCGCAACAUCAACACCACGGGCAUGGCCGUGGCUGGCAAGGAGGAUGUCGGCAUCUUCUCCGUCGUGGUGGGGAGCCGUGCUGGGCCUCUUGAGAACGAAACGCCAGUCUCCGUGUCGGUCCAUCUCGUCUCCAUAGAGGGAGUGGAGGGCAUGGAGGGCUUUCCCGAUGACAAGAACUUUGUGGCCCUGUGUUCCCUCCACAGCUGGAACUACACCGUCAACCCGCCCAACAUGCUCAACGUCUACGACGCGUUUGUCAACCUCGGGAAGACAUUGGAUGUCCUCCGCGCCCCUGACCCGAUCAUCAACCCUCUCCUUGCCUUGCCCGACAAGGUGCCAAGGCGCCUCGCUCAGCGUCUCCAGGACGGGUACACGCUUGUCAAGUACCGAGUCCAGACAGGAGAGCAGGUGGCGGCGCUCUAUCGCGGCCCUUUCACGCCGACGUUUGUUGCACGUCUCCCAAACCGCGACAGAUGCUCCAACUCGGGCCAGGAUCUCCAGAUCCUCGAUCGACAGGUAGGCAUCAUGGAUGUGAGCUACUCGGUCGCGUGGCAAGUUGGGCGCGUUCUGGCCCUGGGAGACCAGGGGUUCGCUGCGGCUUUGGCUCGGUUGCGCACGGCGAUCCAGCAUCGCGCCAUGAAGGAGUCCAAGAUCAACAUCAUCCUAUCUGUGGGCGGCAAGUCGAGCUUCCGCAGCCGAGCCGACAUUCUCGAGGAUCUCAAGAGUACAGUAGGCCAUCUGGACCGUAUCCAUCUCGGCGACGGCGGUCGUGGUUUUAUGCCCCGUCCGCCCAGGAAGAGGUGGCUCCGGCCGCGCCUGGCGAAAAGUCAGUACCCGUCGCUAGGGUUCAACUCGAUCCAGAUCAAGGACCAGUAUCUCUUCCAAGCCACCCGGGCGGCGCACGACCUCGCCAUGGCCAAAGACGGGACCAUCUACGACGAGACCAACGAUCCAGUCUCGACGGACUGGAUGCAGGUGCUGGCAUGGGUGAUGGACCGCAUGUUCUUGUCCGGUGUGCCCGCGCAUUAUCUGAUCAGCGACCCAAGCCACUUGCAACACGAGAGCCUUCGCUUCUUCUACAUCGACCCCAACUGGGUGGAUGCCCUGAUCGACGGGGCGCUUAGUCUGGCCAACCACAUGGGCGAAGACCGCGACCGCGUGGCCAUCAAGAGCGCCAUCAACACCUUCAUCCAUCAUACGCCCGAGCAUCAGACCCAUUCGCCCCAGAUCCCCACCUACGGCUUCUAUCUCAGGUCCGACCUUGUGACCAUGUUCCCCGACCUCAAGGUGACUACAGUCCCCGAGCCGCCCGAGGGGACAAUUCCCGACAGGGCUCCGCUGCUGAGGCACGAGAUUGUAGCCGACGGAGUCAUGAUGGGCAUGCUGGACAGGCUACCUGGCUCGACGGAUUUUACCGGUCUGCGAUUCACUCAGCCUCCGCACCAACAGAGGUUUGCCGUUGGACACGGUCUGACCAAGGACAACGUGGGCAUCGAUAUUCAGAAGGAGUACACCGUCGACCAGGCCUCUCGAGAAACGGAUCCGCUCCGGCACAAGCCUCUUGUGUCGAUCGACAUGAAGUCGAGCGAUGCCAGCAAUUUCUUCGUCUGGAGCACCGACCCUUCCACCCAACUGAACGACCUGCGCGUCAUUCGGCUGCCCUUUUUCGCCGAGCAGCAGUUGUCUAUCUUGAGGGAGAAGAUGGACAAAAAGUACUUUGACGACGACACACCCAACUCAGCGUUGAUGGCCAUGCAGCUCAACGACCCCUUUUACAGCCUCACCAUCAGCGCCCAAGAUCAGGCCGCGUCAGCAAUAUUUGCGAAGCUGGUGGAUGAGAGCAAAGGACCUCGGAGUCUCAGGCUCAUGAAUCCCUCGCGUGUCCGCCGACUUGUUGAGGAGGAUGACGACGAUGACAGCGAUCAAGAUGAUGAUGACGAGUCCGCCGGAGAGAGUACACCUGCCGAAGAGGAGGCUGAAGUGGUGCCCAACGCCGCCCUCUUCCAGCGACACGACUCUUACCAACCGCUCUCGCACGUCCUUCAAUCCAACCUCGCCCCUCACGUCCGCUCCAUCCCCAUUUACGAACCCUCUCACCCGGGCAUGCUUCCCCCUUCUGGAAUCAACCCCCCAGGGCGAGAUUUCGUAGCACGCCCCAUCAAAACCAUUUACAUCCCCCAGGGUUCCGACCCCGCCGGACCGCCCGUGUACGACUGCAGCGUGUACACCACGGGGUUUUCCUCAGUGCAGACCUCCUCCUCCCCCAACACCGCCGUGGCCCAGGACAUAGUCUUCUCGGUGCAGGUAUCCAACACGGAGCACAGCGACUACCGGCUGAUGGAGUUCCAGAUCAUCGUCCCCCUGGGCCCGGCAGACGACCCCAACAGCCAUCGUCUGUUCGGGGCCUACGACGGGCCGGGCCCGCGCAUGCUGAGCAACCUGCGGUUCGCCGUGCUGUCCGCCCUGGGGGACAUGGACGGGGUGCCGUGCCUGAUCCUGCGCCUGCUGCCGCGCAGCGCCAAGGGGUGGACGUUUCUUAGGGCGGUCAGGGAGAUGAGUUUUCUGCUGUGCUUGGCGCUGCCGAAUAGCACGUUUGGGGGGGAGGACAGGACGCUGUUGACGCUGUACACGGCGGCGUAUUACAAGUAUGUCAACGAGACGGUGCCGAGGGAGGGGCAGUUUAUUGUUUCGCUGCGCAAGAGCGGCAGUCGUGCAGUCUUCAAGUCAUUCACGCUGGUCUUUGUCAUCGAGAUUGUGGAAAUUUUCGUAGAUCAAUCGACGUCUUCGACGUAG